CCAGCUGAGCGGAAAGCUCCCAGUCAGGCAAACUUGGUGGGGCGCUGCCAUUGUGGGCCGUGCAAGUUCCCACAGCAUGACCAGUGCAGAGCAGGAACCGAUGAGUUACUAUGUGGGCAUCGACGUGGGAACGGGCAGUGCCCGGGCGGCACUGGUCAGUCAGCAGGGCACCCUCGCUGCGUACGCGGAGCACCCCAUCCAGAAGUGGGCACCUCGGCUAGACCACCACGAGCAGUCGUCUGAUGACAUCUGGGCUGCGUGCUGUAUCGUCACCAAGAAAGUGGUACAAGGCAUAGAUGCUAACCAGAUACGAGGACUUGGAUUCGAUGCCACAUGCUCCCUGGUUGUGUUGGACAAGCAGUUUCGUCCUUUGCCAGUAAACCAGGAAGGGGACUCCAAUCGAAACAUCAUCAUGUGGAUGGACCACCGUGCAGCUAGUCAAGUAGAGAGGAUCAACAGAACCGGGCAUCAAGUUCUGAAAUUUGUUGGUGGGGCGAUGUCUGUGGAAAUGCAGCCUCCCAAACUUCUCUGGCUCAAGGAGAACUUGAGAAAGUCUUGCUGGGACAAGGCAGGACACUUUUUUGAUCUGCCUGACUUCUUAUCAUGGAAGGCGACCGGCGUCACAGCCAGAUCUCUUUGUUCUUUGGUGUGCAAAUGGACCUAUUCUGCAGACAAUGGAUGGGAUGACAGUUUCUGGAAGAUGAUUAAUUUGGAGGAUUUCGUGGCUGAUAAUUACUGCAAAAUAGGAACCCAAGUGGUGUCUCCUGGAGAUUCUCUUGGCAAAGGUCUCACCCCAGAGCCUGCUAAGGAACUGGGCCUCCCCGCCGGGAUUGCUGUGGGAGCAUCGCUUAUUGACGCUCAUGCUGGAGGACUAGGAGUGAUUGGAGCAGAUGUGAAAGGGUAUAAUCUGCCCUGUGAAAACCAGCCAAUUACGUCUCGGUUGGCUGUGAUCUGUGGAACAUCUUCUUGUCACAUGGGGAUCAGCCAAAGCCCCAUUUUUGUGCCAGGCAUUUGGGGCCCCUACUUCUCAGCAAUGGUCCCUGGAUUUUGGCUCAAUGAAGGAGGGCAGAGUGUUACUGGAAAACUGAUAGACCAUGUGGUCCAGGGACAUGCUGCCUACCCUGAACUGCAAGCAAAGGCUUCUGCCAGAUUCCAAAGCAUCUAUACAUAUUUGAAUAGUCACCUGGAUUCCAUUAAGAAGUCUCUGCCUGUGGGUUUCCUCACUGCUGAUUUACACGUUUGGCCAGAUUUCCACGGCAACCGAUCUCCCUUAGCAGACCUGACACUGAAGGGCAUGGUCACAGGAUUGAGACUGUCUCAGGGCCUUGAUGAUCUGGCUCUUCUCUACUUGGCCACAGUUCAAGCCAUUGCUCUUGGGACGCGCCACAUUCUGGAGACGAUGGCAUCCGCCGGCCAUUCCAUCAGCACCUUGUUUCUGUGUGGGGGUCUCAGUAAGAACCCUCUUUUUGUGCAGAUGCAUGCAGACAUCACUGGCUUGCCCAUCGUCCUCUCCCAAGAGGUGGAGUCUGUCUUGGUCGGGGCUGCUACCCUGGGAGCCUGCGCCUCUGGGGACUUCCCUUCAGUCCAGGAGGCCAUGGCAAGAAUGGGAAAAGUUGGGAAAGUUGUGUUCCCCAGACCUGAAGAGAAGAGAUUUUAUGACAAAAAGUACAAAGUAUUUUUGAAGCUCGUUCAACACCAGAAAGAAUAUGCCGCCAUCAUGAACGAUGACGUCUGAGCUGGGCUUGGUUUGGCCAGAAAUGUUCAGAUGUAGAGUCCAGUCUCUCAUUCCCUCUACUUCUGUAACUUUUAAUAGGGUAAGACCACUCCUGGGUCACCUUGAAUAAAGAUGCCUGAGAUAUGGAAAGCUG